AAAAAAAAUUUCUAUAGGUAACAGAAAAAGACGUACUAGUAAUGGCAGGAGGGAAGAUCUUACCCCUUUUCGUUCAACGUUUUAAGGAGGACAUCUAUUAAGUGUCGAGAGCAGUAGGAUAAGGAGUCAUCAGUCAUAGCAUGUGUAUCAUAUAAGAUUGUCUAUUUUAGAAUAGUAUCAUGGAAGUACUACCUUGUUCUGGUGUUCAAUAUGCUGGGGAAUCUGAUUGCCCUCAGCAGAGUUCAGGAACUGCUUUUGUAUACCAGGGAGAACUGAAUUGCCCAGAAAAUGGUGAACAAGUUAAAUUGUCAGAUGGUCAAAUGAAUGAAUCAUCACUUAAGAUACAAAGGCAAGGUGAAGGGAACCAUACUGUUUGUGAUUUGUCGACUAAUUCAGAUUGCCAAUGCAUUGGAGCUUCAUGUUGUGACUGUGGAGUGGAAGACCAAAAGGAAUACUGUGAUUUCCAUGAUUUUGAAGAUAAUGUGGAUACGAUUGAAAGUGAAUCACCAAACAACAGUAGGGAAGGAGACUUGUCUUUUUCUGAACCCACGUGGCUAGAGGGGGAUGAAUCUGUGGCACUGUGGGUCAAGUGGAGAGGGAAGUGGCAGGUUGGCAUCCGAUGUUCAAGGGCUGACUGGCCGUUAUCAACUUUGAAAGCAAAACCAACUCAUGACCGAAAAAAAUAUUUUGUCAUAUUUUUUCCACACACAAAGAAUUAUUCUUGGGCGGAUAUGCUGCUUGUUAGAUCAAUCAAUGAGUUUCCCCAUCCUAUUGCAUAUGAGACUCAUCAGGUAGGAUUGGAAAUGGUAAAAGACUUAAAUGUUGCACGGCGGUUUAUAAUGCAAAAGCUGGCUGUUGGCAUGCUGGACAUCAUCGAUCAGUUUCAUUUUAAUGCUUUGACAGAAACUGCCCGUGAUGUGAAGGUUUGGAUGGGAUUCGCUAUGGAGGCUUCUCGUUGUAAUGGUUAUUCUGAUUUUGGAAGAAUGCUUCUAAAGCUGCAUAAUAGCAUACUGCAGCGAUACUUAAAUGCUGACUGGUUACAGCAUUCUUCUCACUCUUGGGUUGAACGAUGUGAGAGUGCAAAUAGUGCCGAAUCAGUAGAGCUGCUGAAGGAGGAAUUGUUUGAUUCUAUUUUGUGGAAUGAUGUCAACACUCUCUGGGAUGCACCAGCACAACCAACAUUAGGUUCUGAUUGGAAAACCUGGAAGCAUGAUGUAAUGAAAUGGUUUUCAACAUCACCUUUAUUAUGUGGCAGCAAAGACACACAGCGACAGACUUGUGAUGAUUCGUACCAAGCAAACCUUCAGGUUUGUAGAAAAAGGCCCAAACUUGAAGUUCGUCGUGCAGAUACACAUGCUUCACAAGUGGAAAUCAAGGGUUCAGAUCACUCUAUUGCUCUUGAGACAGACCCUGGCUUCUUUAAGAAUCAGGACACAUUGAGCACAUUAGCAGCUGAGACUUGUAAACAGGAAGAUGUUAGGGAGGUAUCUAUAGAAAUGGAUUCGCCUAGUAAUUUUGCCAAUAAAUGGAAUGAAAUUGUAGUUGAGGCUGCCGAUUCUGAUUUCUUGCAUGCUAAAGUAAUGGAAUCAACACCUAUGAAUGAAAUGGAUGUUGCAAAAUCGGUAGAACCUGGUUGUAAGAAUAGACAAUGUAUAGCUUAUAUUGAAGCUAAGGGAAGACAGUGUGUGAGAUGGGCAAAUGAUGGUGAUGUAUACUGUUGUGUGCAUUUGUCCUCCCGUUUUUUGGGCAGCUCAACAAAAGGUGAAAAGCCUGUACCAGUUGAUACUCCUAUGUGUGAAGGUACAACUGUUCUGGGUACUAGAUGUAAGCAUCGGUCCCUACCUGGCUCUUCCUUCUGUAAGAAACACCGGCCCCAUGCUGAAGCAGAACAGAUCUCAAAUUUACCCCCGAAUACACUAAAGAGGAAACAUGAAGAAAAUUGUACUGGUUCAGAGGACACAUUCUGCAAAGACAUGGUAUUGGUAGAUGUUGAAAGCCCACUGCAAGUGGAUCCAAUGUCAUCCAUUGAUGGUGAUUCCUUACAUGGAAAAAGCAACUUGAACGAGAAGCCCAUGCAUUCUGAAAAUGAUCAUAAUGCCAUGGAGGCACUGCGCUGUAUAGGUUCUCCUCCCUAUGAUAACAAGAAUCCUUGUAGGGAAGCUCCUAAACGGUAUUGCUUGUACUGUGAAAGGCACCUUCCAAGCUGGCUUAAACGUGCAAGAAAUGGGAAGAGUAGAAUAGUAUCGAAAGAAGGGUUCACAGAACUUUUGAAGGACUGCAGCUCAUGGGAGCAAAAGGUACAUCUGCAUAAGGCAUGUGAGCUUUUUUACAGACUAUUUAAAAGCAUUUUAUCACUAAGAAACCCUGUUCCUAAGGAUGUCCAAUUCCAGUGGGCUUUGGCUGAAGCCUCUAAAGAUACUAGUGUAGGAGAAUAUUUUACGAAGUUGGUCCAUAGCGAAAAAGCGAGAAUUAAAUUGAUGUGGGGAUUCAAUGAUGACAUGGAUGUAUCCUCUGUCAUGGAAGGACCACCUCUCUUGCCAUCCACAAUUAAUGAUAUCUGUGAUAAUGAAAAUGCCAUUAAGUGUAAGAUAUGCUCCGCAGAGUUUCCUGAUGACCAAGCACUUGGAAACCAUUGGAUGGACAGUCAUAAAAAGGAAGCACAGUGGCUGUUUAGAGGUUGUGCAUGUGCCAUUUGUCUGGAUUCUUUUACUAACAAGAAAUUGUUGGAAACCCAUGUUCAAGAGAGACACCAUGUGCAAUUUGUAGAACAAUGCAUGCUUCUUCAAUGCAUUCCUUGUGGGAGUCAUUUUGGAAAUACUGAGCAAUUAUGGCAGCAUGUUUUAUCUGUUCAUCCCGUUGAUUUUAAGCCAUCAAAAGUGCUUGAGCAGCCAACUUUCUCUACUGGUGAAGAUUCUCCAGUGAAACAUGAUCAGGGAAAUUCAGCCCCUUUGGAGAAUAACUCUGAGAAUCCAAGUUGUUUACGGAAGUUUGUUUGCAGGUUUUGUGGGUUGAAAUUUGAUUUACUACCUGACCUAGGUAGACAUCACCAAGCUGCUCAUAUGGGGCCCAAUCUAGUUAGAGGCCGCCCUGCAAAGAAGGGAGUUCGCCAUUAUGCAUAUAGAUUAAAAUCUGGCAGACUUAGCCGCCCUAGAUUUAAAAAAGGUUUGGCAACAGCAUCAUACAGGAUUAGAAAUAGGGCUAAUGCUAAUUUGAAGCGAUGCAUUCAGUCAACAAAGUCACUUGGCAUGGGGGGAAUGACCAUACAACCUCAUGUAACUGAAACAACAGAUAUCGGUAGAUUGGCAGAACAUCAAUGCUCAGCUGUUGCUAAGAUUUUGUUUUCAGAGAUUCAGAAGACUAAACCUCGGCCUAAUAAUCUUGAUAUUUUAUCAAUUGCUCGUUCUGCUUGCUGCAAAGUUAGUCUUGUGGCCUCACUGGAGGAGAAAUAUGGAGUUCUUCCUAAAAAGCUCUAUUUGAAGGCAGCAAAACUUUGCAGCGAGCAUAAUAUUGUAGUGAAUUGGCACCAGGAAGGGUUUAUUUGUCCUAGAGGUUGUAAUAUAUUGAAGGAUCAAGUCCUGCUCUCUCCUUUGGCAUCUUUUACUAAUGGUUACGUAAGGACAAAAUCUGUAAAUUUAUCUGAUUCUGCAAGUGAUGAGUGGGAGGUUGAUGAGUUUCACUGUAUCAUCAAUUCACGUAGUUUAAAAUUAGGUUCUGUGCAAAAGGCAAUAAUCUUGUGUGAUGACAUUAGCUUUGGGAAGGAAUCAGUUCCAGUGAUUUGUGUAGUAGAUCAAGAACUUCUGCAUUCUCUUCAUAUGCAUGGGUCCAGUGAACAAGAUAUAAACUCUUCUAAGCCUUGGGAGAGCUUUACCUAUGUUACGAAGUCAUUGCUUGAUCAAUCCCUUUGUCUUGAUUCAGAGAGUCUGCAAUUGGGAUGUGCCUGCUCAUAUUCAACAUGCUGUCCUGAAACAUGUGAUCAUGUAUACCUUUUUGGUAAUGACUAUGAUGAUGCAAAAGACAUUUUUGGGAAACCAAUGCGGGGUAGGUUUCCAUAUGACGAGAAUGGUCGAAUAAUAUUGGAGGAAGGUUACCUUGUCUAUGAGUGCAAUCGUAUGUGCAGAUGCAAUAAAUCCUGUCCAAACAGAAUACUGCAGAAGGGAGUACGAGUCAAAUUGGAAGUCUUUAAAACAGAGAAAAAGGGAUGGGCGGUCAGGGCUGGUGAAGCAAUUCUUCGGGGCACAUUUGUGUGCGAGUACAUUGGAGAGGUUUUAGAUUUGCACGAGGCACACAACAGGCGCACGAGAUAUGGCACAAAGAAUUGCAGUUAUUUCUAUGACAUCGAUGCUCGUGUUAAUGAUAUGAGCAGAUUGGUUGAAGGACAGGCCCAAUAUGUAAUUGAUGCGACUAAAUAUGGAAAUGUUUCAAGGUUCAUCAAUCAUAGCUGCUCGCCCAAUCUUGUUAAUCACCAAGUUCUUGUAGAGAGCAUGGAUUGUGAGCGUGCACAUAUUGGUCUUUAUGCAAGUCGAGAUAUUGCUUUGGGUGAAGAGCUGACAUAUGACUAUCAAUAUAAGCUUGUGCCUGGAGAAGGAUCUCCAUGUCUUUGUGGAUCGUUGAAGUGUAGGGGACGCCUUUACUAGAACCUCAACAUCUGUGUCUGCUGUUGCAAUAAUAUUUUUCAGAUUCCCAAUUUGGGACACAAAUUAUCUGCCCAACAUUAAAAGAUUCCAAUGUGGAGAGGCCCAACAUUGAAGGGUUCUGUUAUUCUUGACGUGAACAAAUCAAUCACCCGAGGCAGCCAACUUGUAAGGAGACAGCCAUAAUUUACUGGCUGUCUCUGGUUAAACUUCAUAGGAUUCAAAUGAUUUGGAUCCUUUGUCGUGUCAAUUCUCUGCCUCCAUCUCUCUGGUAGAGUAGGUGUGUUUUUGCAGCUUAGUGCACAAUUGUUCAUCUUGCUCUUGAUUUAUUCUCUAAUUUUUCUCCACAUAAGUGCUUGUUUUCAUGGAAUAAUUUGGGAAUCUUUCUCUCUCUCUCUCUCUCUCUCCCUUUUUUUUUCUCCUACCCCCACCCAUCACCGAUGAAAGAAACCCGGGAAAAAGAGCAGCAAAAAUGGAAAGAAACAUUUCUGUAGUUAAAGCUGGUCUGGAUUGACAAUUGUUAUGAUUUUCUGCAUUUUUUUGCUCUGGAUCUAUGGCUCAAUUUCUUUCGGUAGUGUUGUGGGAAUGUAAAUAUGCUUAAUGUUUUUACUUUUUUUUUUGCUCCUUUUCUUUGCUAAAUAACUUAUUUGUAGAAUUAGCUUGCAUGUAAAUUGUGUCAUUG